GUGUGCUAGUGUUCCAGCUGAAGAAGAGACCCCCCGACUACCAGGCGAGGAAGGGGAGGAAAGGGGACGAUAAAGGAGUUCUGAGGAGAGACGGAGCAACAAGCUCUCUGCCGCCCGAAAAACUGCCUUACCUGGUGGAGCUGAGCCCAGACGGGUCUGAUUCGCGAGACAAACCAAAGCUGUACCGACUCCAGCACAGCAUCACGGAGGUCGGCUCCGACUGCACAGCCGACGGAGCCAUCCAGCUGCUGGGCCCGGGCAUCCUCCCUCACCACUGCAACCUGAUGCACAGCGAGGGCAUGGUGACGGUGACGCCGCACGGCCCCGACGCCGACACCUUCGUGGACGGGCAGCGAGUCACGGAGACCACCGUGCUGCGUUCAGGGUCCACUCUCCAGUUCGGCUCUGCGCACAUCUUUAAGUUCGUGGACCCCAUGUUCGACCAGGGAGUGAAGAGAGAACCGGCCGCCAUGAUGAGGGGGAGACACAAGUCUGGCAGCGUAGCAGAAACAACCUUCGACCUUCACGGAGACGUCCACAGUGGAGCUGCUCUGCCCACCAGCAAGAGCUCAGGGAAGCUGGAGAUGGAGCGAGGGAUGGUGAAGCCGAUGAUCAGAGGAGAGCAGCAGGACAACAGGUCUCAGGACUCUUUAGUCGACAGAACAGAGUUGACUCUUCCAGCCGGCAUCGAGUUCAGAGACAACUCUGAAGACACCUUCCUGUCGGCCAUCAUUAACUACACCAACAGCUCCACGGUUCACUUCAAGCUCUCUCCCACCUACGUGCUGUACAUGGCGUGCCGCUACGUCCUGUCGCCUCCUACCCGCAACGACAUGUCGCCCUCCGAGAGGACGCACAAAGUCAUCGCCAUCGUGAACAAGAUGGUGAGCAUGAUGGAGGGAGUCAUACAGGAGAUUCCUGAAGGGGAUCAGAAGCAGAAGAACAUCGCAGGAGCGCUGGCGUUUUGGAUGGCCAACGCCUCGGAGCUGCUCAACUUCAUCAAGCAGGACCGAGACCUGAGCCGCAUCACGCUGGACGCCCAGGACAUCCUCGCACACCUCGUCCAGAUGGCCUUCAAGUACCUGGUCCACUGUCUCCAGGCGGAUCUGAACAACUACAUGCCCGCCUUCCUGGACGACCCCGAGGAACAGAAUCCACAGAGACCCAAGAUCGAGGACGUACUUCACACGUUGACGGGGGCGAUGUCGUUGCUUCGGCGAUGUCGAGUGAACGCCGCUCUCACCAUCCAGCUGUUCUCGCAGCUCUUCCACUUCAUCAACAUGUGGCUCUUCAACAAGCUGGUGACGGACACAGACUCGGGGCUGUGCUGCCACUACUGGGGGGCGAUCCUCCGGCAGCAGCUCAGCCACAUCGAGGCCUGGGCCGAGAAACAGGGCCUGGAGCUCGCUGCUGACUGCCACCUCAGCAGAAUCGUACAGGCCACCACGCUGCUGACGAUGGACAAAUACUCCAUGCAGGAUGUGCAGAACAUCCACAACACCUGCUUCAAGCUCAACUCCCUGCAGCUGCACGCGCUCAUGAACAACUACCACUGCGCUCCAGACGAGCCUUACAUCCCGCCCGAGUUGAUAGACCAUGUGGUGGCGGUGGCGGAAAACACGGCAGAUGAGCUGGCGAGGAGUGACGGCCGGGAGGUCCAGCUGGAGGAGGACCCCGACCUGCAGCUGCCCUUCCUCCUGCCUGAGGACGGGUACUCCUGCGACGUGGUGCGCAACCUGCCCAACGGCCUGCAGGACUUCCUGGAGCCGCUGCUGCAGAGAGGUUUCUGCAGGUUAGUGCCCCACCCCCGCUCUCCUGGUACCUGGACGGUCCACUUUGAAGGAGCCGACUGCGACAGCCACUUCUCUGCUGGUGACAGCUCUGAGAUGCCAAUGAGGAAAGACCCGGAGGUUGUCACAGUAACCCUGAAGAAGCACAACGGCAUGGGCCUCAGCAUCGUGGCUGCCAAGGGUGCUGGUCAGGAGAAGCUGGGCAUCUACGUCAAGUCUGUGGUGAAAGGAGGAGCAGCGGACGUGGACGGUCGUCUGGCUGCAGGUGACCAGCUGCUGAGCGUAGAUGGACGCAGCCUCGUCGGCCUAUCACAGGAGAGGGCUGCGGAGUUGAUGACGAGGACGGGUGCAGUGGUGACUCUGGAGGUGGCGAAGCAGGGAGCCAUCUACCACGGUCUGGCAACGCUCCUGAACCAGCCGAGCCCCUUGCUGCCCCGAGCUGCAGACCGAGGGCGUGAUAAGAACGGAAAGCUGCGACCAAAGAGCGAGGGCUUCGAGCUUUACAACAACUCGGUGCAGAACGGCUCUCCGGAGAGUCCGCAGGCCGGCUGGGACUCGUACCCCGAACCAAAGAAGACCAACGAAGACCGGCUGCUCAAGAACCGAGCCGACCACCGGUCCAGCCCCAACGUAGCCAAUCAGAGCCAGAGUCCUGCGAGCAAAGCGGUUUACCCCGGAGGACCCGGCACCAAAAUCACCUCCGUCUCCACCGGGAACCUGUGUGCAGACGACGAGCCCUCCCCCCCCCACGCAGAGGAGUACCCCAUCCCCACCCAGACCUACCCCAGAGAGUACUUCACCAUCCCGGCCUCCAAGAGCCAAGACCGGGUGGUGGGUCCGGGGCCGGGACCCCCUCAGCACUGGCAGGGCGUGGAGGACAGAGAGCGCCUCCCUGUGGUGGAAAACAUCCACAACAACAACAGCAUGCAGCGGAUCAACCACUCCCAGGAGGAUUUGUACCCCCCACCAGGAGGCAUGAGGACCGACAUGCAGCCUCUCUACCAGCAGGACUACCAGCCCAGAGACCUGGACUACCAGCUGGACUACCAGAGAGGUCCCCCAGGAG